CCCUCUUUCCUUACACCUAUCCAUUCUUUACUACACUUUAUACAUUGAGUGUUUGGACAACAAUGUUUAUGCACGCACAUCGUUACUUUGCAAUUUGUUUUCCUUUUAAAACUGGAAGAGUUUUAACACUCGGAAAAACAAAAAUAUUUUUACUUUUAAUUAUUUUGGCUGCAGCAACAUUUAAUAUAUAUUCUUCCUUUUUUUAUCGUGCCAGGCGUUGUUAUAGCAGUUAUUUCCAAUCAGAAUUUGUUGAAUUAUACAAUAUAAACAACUCAUAUAGAAAUGCUAUGAUUUAUAUGUAUUCUUAUUUAGCAUUUGUUUUCUUUACUCCAAUAGCUGCUUUAUUCUUUUUUAAUAUUAUGAUUAUUUUGGAAGUACGAAAGUCUCGAAAAGUUCAUGCCGAAAUGAAACCCGACAAUUCUGUAAAAUAUCAAAGUAUGGCAAAAGAAAUAUCGAUAUCUACAAUGCUUAUAGCUGUUGUUUGUGGAUUUUUAAUUUGCAAUACUUUGUUUUUUGUCACUUAUGUUCUCGGAUUUAUUCUUCCCCCAGAUACAGUUUUGUGGACUGUUCCCUGGCAACAUGUUCUUGUAAUGGCUAACCAAUUAAUUAAUGCCUGCAUUUUCUACUUAUUUAUUGACCAUUAUCGACGUACUGUAGCCAAAUUACUUUGGCCCUGCCGUUAUGUUUCUAAAUAUUCUGUUGGACCAACUUCUGUUACAGAAGAAACUAAUCUUCAAAGUUAUGAAACUUCAAAGAAAAACCCAACAAAUGCAAAUCAGUCCUUUUGA